GUGGCCAGGACCCGGGCAGUGUGAAUGCCACUGAAAAUCAGCUCGUGUGCUGCCUUUGGCACGCGUGCCAUAGGUUCCCUAUCCCUGAUCUAGAACACUCUAGGGAGCCACUGAUUCUGACAAAGAUUUUUGUGAAACUUUUAUUGUGACAAAUACAGUAUAGUUUGCAGGAUUUCUAUGUAACUUCUUCCCUUGGUGGAUGUAAAAUGUUAUCAAAUCAGAAUAAGUUUCAAGUCAUGCAUGCCAGGAAAAGCUUUAAAAUAUGAACUGACGCCAUGUCUACCCUAUGGGUACUAUAGCAGCAUAGUUAUGCCAGGAUAAUCCUGUAGUGUAGAUACAGCCUAUGGCAGUAGAAGAGCUUUUUCCAUCCCUUUAGGAACACUAUGGCUUCAUCUACAUUAGCACUUUUGUCUGUCAGGGGUGUGAAAGCCCCCACCCCUGACUGACAAAAGUUUAACAGACAAAAGCUUGGUUGUGGACAGCGUUAUGUUGGCAGGAGACACACUUCUGCGACAUAGCUACCGCUGUUUGUUAGGGGUGGCUUAAUUAUUCUGGCAGGAGAGCUCUCACCCGCUGGCAUAGAGCAGCUACAUGGGAGACCUUACAGCAGUGCAGCUGUGCUGCUGUAAAGUCUGUAGUGUAGACAAAACGUACCUUCCCGAGUGACGGUAGCUAGCUCAAUGGAAGCAUUCUUCCAUUGACCUAACUGCAUCUAUGCCAGGGGUUUUAUCGGUAUAGCUGCAUUUUUUAGGGUGCAGCUUUUUCAUACCCCUGAAUGCUGUAGCUAUGUUGGUGUAAAUUUUAAGUGUAGACCAGGCCUGUGCCCAAUGUCUGUCUGAAGCUGCAAAGGGCAUGAAACAAUAGCUAAGAGGUGUGAACUGCCCAGUCAUCUGAAUUCAGAAGCAUGCGGCUACCUUAAGGAGGGUGAUAUUAUGGCAGGGUCAUUGUUUGGGAGAGGGGUGAUAGUGGGUCCUCUUGUGGAUUAGUACCCUAGGCACAGAUUGCCUUAAUUUAACCCAGAUGUGAGUGCAGGUGGUAGUACAGAAUGAGGCCCCUCUAUCUUCCCCUUUCUCUGCACACCUAAGUAGCAUGUUUGUGUCCUUGUUCCUUGCACAUAUUCCUGGCAUAAAGAAACUGACAAAGCUCAUGCCACUUUCAUGCUGCUGCUUAGAAAGCACUACAAGGAUACCAUCCAGAAUAGAGGUAGGAAGAGAAGAACUGAAAGAGAGCUGCAGCAGUGCAGUAGCAAUGUAAAUUACUUUGAGAGUUUCUCAACCCACUUUCUGGACCUGCAGGGAGUGGGAUGGAACACUGAUAGUACCUUUAGUCCCUUGGCUAGACUCUCUUCAGUCAGGUGUCUAGCCAACUGAAGUAGAAGUGUUGAUGCUGUAUGUGUAAUGCAUGGCUCUGUGACACAGCAAAGUAUAGAGGAAGGAAGUUUAUUUUAAUAAAAAAAAAAAGCCUAUUUGCCUUCCUGCCAAAGGAAAGUGUGUGGGUAGAUGGACUGAGGGAGGGGGAAGACCUCUAAGAAGUGGGGAAAUGUUAAACCGGGGUAGAUCUGGUGGAAAAAUGUGAAAAGCCAAAAGGUAAUUUAGCCAAGACCUAGCAGAGAAAAACAAAUCACUUAAUUUUGUUUGAGGGAGAUUGUAUGUAUUAGUAGGUAACUAAUGCUUUACACUUAUUUGGCAUCUCUUACCAAAGGAUCACGAAAUGAGUUAUAAACAGGUGGUAGUGAAGUAUUAUCCUUAUUUUACAAUAGGAAAGCCAAGGUAAAACAUGAUGCAGUUUACCUUAUGGUCAUAUAGCAAGUUAAUUGCAAUUCUAGAAUUAAAAGAUAGGUCGCCUGGUUCCCAGGCCUGUGCUUUAAAAAUCAUUAUAUAAAGCAUGUGCGCAAUAAGUAUUGAUGACAAACUUAACGUACCUAUCUGUUGCAGUCUAUACUAGAAAAAAAAAAGGGGGGAGGGGAAAAUAACUUUUGUCUCAUGUAGAACACUGAGAAUGGAGUCUAAACCUUCAAGGAUUCCUCGAAGGAUAUCAGUUCAACCCUCCAGUUCCUCCUCUUUAAGUGCUAGAGCAUUGUCUGGAAGCAGAGGAAGCAGUUUAACUGAUGCAUAUCAUACAAGAGAAUCUUCACUGAGACUGGAUUCUGGAUGUCAGGAAUCCAGUCUGUUGCAUAGUUCCAGUAGAGACUGGGGAAUUGGAGAAAGAGGAGAAGCUCAUGAAACUCCUUGGAAGCUUACUAGUUCCUCUCCAACUCACUACUCGGGGACACUUGAUCGUCCAUGGUCUGGAAGAUUUUUGGGAAGCAGAAGCAGAUUGUCUACAUCCUCCUCCUCUCCUCUUUCAUCUACUUGGUAUGGUGAAUCUGAGAGAACUCAGGGAGCAUACUCAAGACUACAUAACCAGCAGCGGGAUAGUGAUUCAAAGAGACCUAAGCUUUCCUAUACAUCUACCUCUUCUGUGAGAAGUAAUGGCUUAAAUGCAGUUUCAGAUUCCUCAUGGAGGUAUAAUCAAGUUCCUAGAUCUUCGUCAGUGGUACUCAGUUCUCUGGGAACUGAGCUAGUGAGAGAGAGGAGAGAGCUAGAAAGGAGAACAGAUCCAUCUGUUAGUAGUCUUGUGGAUUAUAGUCACAGGAGUGGUGACUUUACAUCUUCAGCAUAUCUUCAGGAUAGACCUGCCUCUUCAUAUGCACAGGGAGCAAGACCAAAAGAUAAUUCAUUGAGCACUUUGAGGCUGAAUACAUCCAUGAACCGCCAGUUGCCUUCUGAACAUGAUUCAUCUUUAUUCUCCGGAGUCUCUAGCAGAAGCUCUUCAAGAUCUAACUAUUCUACAAGAGAAGUGGAAUCUUCUCAAAGGAAUAUACAGCCAGAGUUUACCCACAUUGCCAUUAGAGAUGAAAUUCCCUCCACAAGCAGCACUGAAAGGGUUGCGUCUCAAAGGUCACUCAGUGAGCCUCCAGCAGAUACUGAAGGAAGGCGUACAACUAGACAGUUACUAUCUCGUUUAGCUUCUAGUAUGUCAUCUACAUUUUUCUCACGGAGGUCUAGCCAAGACUCAUUAAAUGCAAGAUCAUCAGAUUCUGAAGAUUCAUGUGUUGUCCCAAGAGUUCAAACUUCUACCCAAUCUAGCACUAAUGCAACUGCACGUCCUGAAGUUCCAGGCAUUCAGACACCUGAAGCUUCUCAGGGAUUUAGCUUUCUUAGACGAAGAUGGGGCUUAUCAGGUGUUUCACAGAAUCAUAGUUCUGAUUCAGAUGCUGAAAGUUACAGACAAGAGCCUGAAAGUAGAAAUACAGGAUCCUGGUUAUCGUCAUCUCUAAGAAAUAGAUGUACACCUCUGUUCUCCAGAAGAAGGCGAGAAGGAAGAGAUGAAUCUGCAAGAACCUCUACCUCUGAAACACCUGCUAGAUCACUACACCUCUUUAGGAGAAGAGAGUCUAGCGAAGAGACUCCUCUUGAAGCACAGAGCAGCUCCCCUGGGGCUGCUGCCAACAGACCACCAACACCAGCAGUAUCUAGCAGUCCUACAACUACUGCUUCCACACCAGAUUCAGCUCACAGUAGAAGAAGUUCUGGAAUAUCAGGAAUUCUUCCCGGCUCUUUAUUCCGGUUUGCAGUGCCCCCAGCAUUAGGGAGCAGCAUAUCUGACAAUGUUAUGAUAACAGUAGAUAUUAUUCCCUCAGGUUGGAAUCAACCUGAUGGAGAAGAAAGUGACAAGUCUAAAAUAUUACCUUCAAGAGAUCCUGAAAGACUCCAGAAAAUUAAAGAGAGCCUCCUGUCAGAGGACACUGAAGAGGAGGAAGGUGAUUUAUGUAGAAUCUGCCAGAUGUCAUCUGCAUCUUCUACCAACCUCUUAAUAGAGCCAUGCAAAUGCACUGGAAGUCUGCAAUAUGUUCAUCAGGAAUGCAUGAAAAAAUGGCUGCAGUCCAAGAUUAAUUCUGGUUCUUCUUUGGAAGCAGUAACUACUUGUGAGCUGUGUAAAGAGAAGUUGCAUCUUAAUCUUGAGGAUUUUGAUAUUCAUGAACUCUAUAGGGCACAUGCAAAUGAACAAGCAGACUAUGAAUUUAUCAGCUCUGGUCUCUACCUUGUAGUAUUGUUACACUUGUGUGAACAACGCUUUUCUGAUAUGCUGGGAACUGCAAGUGAGGCCAGCACACGUGUCAGGUUUAUUAACCUUGCAAGAACUCUUCAGGCACAUAUGGAAGAUAUUGAAACUUCAGAGGAUGAUUCCGAAGACAGUGAUGCUGGCAGAAGUUUUGACACUGCUUAAUGCUGCAAGAGCCAAACAGAAGUGCUGCAAAGAUGCUGAACUAGCAAGAAAGUACCAUCAAUAUGCAUUUAUUUUUUGCUCUCUUUAGUAGAAAGCGCAUUGAAUAUUACUAUAGUUUUUAAAGCAUUACUGAACUCAAUCUGUUGCUGCAUACCGGAACACAAACGACGAAUUUGAAAACUAUUCAGCAAGGUGUGCAAGAGUUAGAUAUACAACGCUGUAUCCCCUUUGAGAUGGGAUCUUAUGCCUUGUUUUGAAAAAGUAGAUCUUAAAUAUUUAAGGAAGUCAUAUCUCCCUUUAUAUUAACGUCUUACUGUAGUCAAUUAGAUUGCUGGAUGGUCUAUCAAGUUUUUCUCCUAUACUGGUAAUUGUGCGUUUUGGGGUGGCGGGACCCAUGUACUUAUAGCAUAAAUUUUCCUUUAAAAAUGCUUAUGUUGUAGUUUCUUAUAAUCACUUGCUUCCAGUGUUAACAUAGGAUGAAUGGGUACUGUAAAACUACAGUGUUCAGUUUCCAAAUUUUAUUUGAAGAGUGUUAAACUCAAUAGCAAUAAGAACUUGCAAGGGGCUUCUAUUAUUAAAGUGUUAAUGAUGGCUUUUUUAUGUACUGAUUUGGAAAUUUGAGAUUAUAUUUGAUAUUAUGUGGAUAUUUCAUUAAGGAAAUAUUGCAGCUGUAAACUCUUGCAUUUUGGCAUUCCUGGCAGAAAUGCAACUUGAUAGGAUUUAAAAUCUUAAUUGACCUGUUUAGUUUAAAAACCUUUUUUAGAUCCCACAUUCACUGUUAAAGCACUGGUUAUAUCAAUGUGUUUUCUAGUGUUGUCACUUCUUUAUAAAUAAAGAUGAUGCAUAGAA